UCGUUGAAAAGAUAGUAAUUAUUAUUCUCUUGCAGCACGCUGAAAACAAUUUCGGAACACGAAAACAGUACUGUCAGUACUUUCUGCUCAUUUUGGAAGAUACCUAAUAUAAGCGAGAGGAGAUUGGAAUGAUUCCUUCGGACUUUCCUCCGCUUGUACUGAUAUAAAUUUGUAUCGUUCUCUACUUAAAGCAGUCACAAAGAAAAAAAGAUUUUCCCCUUUUAUUAUGUUUUGAGAAGAGUUGUUUAUUUUUCUUAUUCUUUGGUAUUAUAUAUAAGUAUUACAGAUGCAUUUCAUGAAAAUGUGCAUAAAAGAUGCAAUGUAAUCACUAUCAGAAGUUUGCAUUGAAGGUGUAUUUACUCAUGAGACAACAGGAUGUCUAAUACAAUAAGUGGCAAGAAUUUAUUGCGGCCGAAUACUCUGCAAUGCAAAAACCUAUACGAGUAUUUAAAAUCACGUACUCCAGACACACUGAAUAAACUCUACCACAAACCACCGAUAUGUCUGGCAGUAUUCCGAGAGCUGCCCACAAUUGCCAGGCAUUACGUCAUGAGGCUGCUGUUUGUGGAGCAGCCGGUGCCACAAGCGGUCAUAGCUUCCUGGUGUUCAAAGCUCUUCUUUGAAGAACACCAGAAGGUGGUGCAGGUCCUGAACGAUCUGAAUGUAUGGAAGGAGGCGUCUAUACCUGGCGGACUGCCAGGCUGGAUUCUGAACAAUAUCUUUAAGAAGAACUUGAAGAUUGUACUGCUGGGAGGUGGUAAACCUUGGACAAUGUCCAAUCAACUGGAAACUGACAGUAAACCACGAGAUGUGGCUUUCUUAGAUUCUUAUGCGUUAGAGAGAUGGGAAUGCGUUUUGUACUAUAUGGUUGGUUCCCGUCUGCACGAAGGUAUAUCUGCUGAUGCUGUACGAAUCCUUUUGCAUGCUGGUUUAAUGAAAAUAGAUGAAACUGAUGGAAACCUAGUUAUAACACAAGCAGGUUUUCAAUUUCUUCUUUUAGAUACAGCUUCACAGGUAUGGUACUUUAUUCUGCAGUAUCUUGACUCACUUGAGACACGUGGUCUUGAUUUAGUGGAGUGCCUUACCUUUUUGUUUCAAUUGAAUUUUUCCACUCUUGGUAAAGAUUAUAGUACCGAAGGCAUGUCCGAAGGACUCUUGAUCUUUUUGCAGCAUUUGCGAGAAUUUGGACUUGUAUAUCAACGAAAACGCAAAGCAGGAAGAUUUUAUCCUACUCGAUUAGCAUUAAAUAUUGCUACUGGUGAAAAUAAACCUUUAGCUAAAAAUACAGAUAAGGAAGGAUACAUUGUUGUAGAAACAAAUUAUCGAGUGUAUGCUUAUACAAACUCCAACUUACAAGUCGCAUUACUUGGACUUUUCUGUGAAAUGCUAUAUAGAUUGCCAAAUUUGAUUGUAUCAAUAUUAACAAGGGAUUCCGUAAGACAAGCAUUGAAGAGUGGAAUAACUGCUUCUCAAAUAAUAGGGUAUUUGCAACAACAUGUGCACAGUAAAAUGAUAGAAAAAGGACCGCCUAUAUUACCACCUACCAUUGUAGAUCAAAUUAAGCUAUGGGAAAAUGAGAGAAAUAGAUUUUUGUUCAGCGAGGGUGUUUUAUACAGUCAAUUUCUUUCACAAACUGACUUUGAGGUUCUGAGGGAUCAUGCACUUUCCAUAGGAGUAUUAAUUUGGCAAAGUGAGAGGAAAAGAACUAUGGUAGUUACCAAAGCUGGUCAUGAUGAUGUAAAGAAGUUUUGGAAACGAUAUUCAAAGGGUUCGAGUUAAUAUUGUAUUAAUAAAAUCUAAUUAUAAGUAUUUUA